GUCGUUGCACGCCCCAGCCCCCAUCAACUUGACGUCUCAACUGGCAUCGCCCCGGCUUCGAGCCCUUGAGUCAUCGGUGCCCAAGACAAAGUGGCGGGUGCGCGCCUAAACCCCUAUGAUCGAGUACCUCCCGAUUCGACGGGAAAAAGGAAAAAGGGGUUGACUACGUCUUCCUGUUUUGGUCCCCUUUGACGUGAAUGUUAGGUCCCUAUAACAGAACGAAGCUUCAGGGUCGCAUGUUCAAGGCUCUGUCAGGGUUAGUGGGGUCUGGCUGCAGGCGCGCAUGUCUGGCGUUGGCGGUCGAUCCAUCCGACUUGACUUUGGCUGGAUGGGUCCUGCAUCGUCAUGCAGGAACUGAACACUGGUCAGAGAUUCUUAUUGGGGUUGAAUCUGGGCUGGCACUUGUCCUGACAGCCGUCACGAGGCCUUGUGGUGACGUUGGGAGACCACCCCCCUCUACAGGCAAGGUACAGUGCGUAAUGUUGAACUCAUUGUGGGCGGAGUUUUCAACCCAGCGGUCGGACAAAAGCGAUGACGAUGUGCUGGCGGUUAGUGGCCAACGGUGGCUGCCAUCGUUCACCUUUGUCAGGUAUAGAACAGUGACGUUGAGGGAGGCCCGGCUGGAUGCUGGCCAACCCGCGUGUCGCCUGAGAGUGCACCUUGAAACCGUACAUAAUUAGAUCUGAUCUGGUAAUUUGGCUUCGCGGACAGCGCAACAAAGCAUAACCGGGCGAGGCGAUGGAAUUGAUUGUCACGAGUCAGUUGAAAAAGCAAAAUGGAGAAG